GUCAGGCAGCCUUGAGUUCUGCAAACUACUGCGCUCGGAGAUUAGGCGGAUGUAACAAUCACCUGAAAGGGGAGAUUAAAGCGCCUCUCAAUGAGGUCCUUUGUCCCAGGCCUCAUUUGAUGCUUUGGGACUUUUCAAACCCCGCCGGGGAAGGCGCUUUAAAUGUUUGCCCCGGCGGCCGGGGCGGCUCCAGUGAGGGCCGGCAGGGCUGGGGACAUGGAGAAGGGGCCCUUCUCGGUGGAGUGGCUGGCCCAGAGCAGCCUCGGCGGAGCCAGGGAGAUGCCCGGUGAGUCCCGGCCGUGCCCUCUGGGUCCCCCCGCACAGCGGCGGGCGCGGCGCUUUCGGUCACCGCGGGCGGGGCGCGGCCACCACUGUGUCACCGCCCGCGGGGCCCGGGGCCCGCCGAGGGAAGGGUCCCCCGAAGGGUCCCCCCUUCAGACGUCCCCAUGUGUCCCCGCAGAGCUGCCCCGGGAGCCGGAGCGCCGCAGCCCCGGGCACGAAGCGGUGGCGGCGGGGGCCGCGCCCGGGCGCUCCCGCACCAAGUUCUCGGCAGCGCAGCUGCAGGAGCUGGAGCGCAGCUUCCGCGAGCAGCGCUACAUCGGAGCCGGGGAGAAACGGCGCUUGGCCGCCGUGCUGAACCUCUCCCAGAGCCAGAUAAAAACAUGGUUUCAGAAUCGUCGUAUGAAGUUCAAACGCCAGACUCAAGAUGCCAGGAUCGAAGCUCUUUUCUCGGGCUUGUUUCUGCCCUAUCAUUACUCAGACACGGCUACAUCCAGCUAUCCUCAUGGGGUGGAUGUCAGUGUCUCUGCUACCGCUGCUGUUUCCCUUCACCCAGCUGUGCCAAACCCUACAUUGUUACCUUCUGUUCCAGCUCAGUCUCUUCAGCCAGUUUUGCCAAGUCCAGCUUUACUAUUGCCUCCCGGGCCAGGAUUAUCUUGUUACUCUUCUGUGCUUCCAGCAGUGACUCUAACCACUGAAUUCAUAAAAGACUGAGGUUCCAACAAGAUCUUCCUUCCUGUUAAAAAUGUCAACGAUUAUGUGUAAUCCUAAAAAAAAGUACCAAACUUUUAAAGACUAACUAUUUAACUUAUUUUGUUAUAUUAAAUAUUCUUUGGAUUAUUUUCUUUAACAUAAAAAAGUUUGAUUAGAGGAAAAAAUAAUUUACCUAUAUUUGAGAAGUUAUGCUGAGAGUGGAAGCGAAGGACAUGAAACCUCUCUUUAGUCUGACAGUCUUUACAGUGUUGUGUGGAAAUUUCUAUAUAAAUUUUCCUAUCUAAAAGUUUUCAGAAAAUAACCUCUAAUCAUGUGAAGAUCUCCACUAAAGAAGUACUGUUUACACUGAAAUUUGUGUAUUAACUUUAUAGGCAAUGGUGUCAAAAACUUUGUCCAUUCUACCUGCGUGGGGGGUUUUAAGGAAGGAUUUGUAAGCUACAGCCAAGCACAUUUAAAUCUAAAUAUUACCAAAGGUAAAAACGCUAUAAACAAAACUGUGCAAGAUGCCCAGUAUUCUCUUUUGUGUAUACUCUGCACCGUUCUUCAAGAGAUCUCACCUGUUUUUUGAUGGACAUGUUGCAUUUAUGCACUAAAAGAUAGAUAAAGCUAAGGAAUUAACUGGCAAGCAUAUAUGUUCAUGCCAAUGUCCAGCAUAGUUGCAAUUUAAAUCUCCUCAUGAAAAUUAAUUUUUCACCAACUCAUGUCUCAUGGGACAUUCAAAAGAAAAUAUUCUGCUUUUUACUUCCAAAAGUUGCAGCUGUAACUUGAUAGCCUCCCUAAUUUUUAAACUGCAGACUUAGUUUGGGCUUGAUCUUGGGAACACUUAGGGCUGUUCCUAAGAGUCACAAAGCCAGUUUUAUGGAAAGUGGGAAAGCCAAGCCUUUAGACAAUGGAAAACCAGACCUUCCAUCAGGAUGAAGAAGCUGCACAAAGUGUGAUUACAUCUCCUUCCCCAAUCCAGACCAAUCUAAUUUGCUUGCUAGGUGAUGGUUAGGCUACUCUGCAGUUGUAAAGAGAGUAAAAAUUCACACAAAACAAAAUAAAAAACCACCACCUUCACCAAGAAAAAAACCCCAAGCCCUCCCUUCCUCUGCUCACAAGGCAAAAAAGGGGGCCUGCUACAGAUUUGUGCCAUGGGUUUUGUUCCCUUUCCCCUCUUCUCCCUCCAUGUCCGGGUACCCUUCCCCCAGCUCCCCUCUCCGUCCCGUUUGGGAGGAGGGGAAGUUGGGCCACACCCGCAGGAAUUUCCCGCAGCACACCCCUUCUCUGUGCUCCACCAGAGCAGCAUUGAUCCGUGACACUGCCAGGCAGCUGCAGCCACAUCCUGUGCAUUUCUAGGUCACUUUGAGCACACUCUAAAGAAAAUUCCCUUUACACCUUCCUAGUAUUUUUUUAUAAGUGAGGAGCCCUUAGGCUAUUACAUCGAAGCUCUUGAUGACUCACUGAGUUAGAGGGUGGAGGGUGGAAAUUUAGACUACAAUGCAAUAAUCAGAUAAUGUAUUUAGAAGGCCUUACAGGUGAAUUAACGAAAUUUCAUUAAAAUCUAGACUAAGAAAUAAGCAUUAACUAAGCGCUUUUAGGAGUGAACAUCAAUCCCAGGAGGAACUAAAAGAAACUAACACAGUUCAGGACUACUAAAACAAAACUUUACAUGUUUAAAGGGAAUAGAUCAAAGUAUGCAAUUGUAAUUGUUUUCUAAUGGCGAAAGAAAAGCCAAAUUUUCAGAUUACAGUACCAGAAACAAUUAUGCCCAAUUUUUUUUUGCAUAGCAUUUGUUUUGGUAAUUGUAAAAUUUUCAACUUCCAUAAUGAAGGCCUGAUCCGUUAAUUCCUGUUUAAACACAUGCUGACUUAAUAAAUAUUAUC